AUGUCCGGAAUCGAGCGCAAGCUGCGCUAUUUAAAUACGAGGCGCCGCAGCAUAUUGACGUCACUGGCCUCCAUCGAGAAAUUCGUUGCGUCGUACCAAGAGGAGAGAGAUAAACCCGAAGUCGCCAUACGCCUGGAAGCAAUUGUGUCUCUGUGGACAGAGUUCAACAAGGUUCAGGCAGAUUUGGAGACCACCGACGAAACCCCUGAUGCUCUUGAGCAGUACCUCAAGGAAAGGAUUGAGUUCGAAAACUCCUACUACAAGGUAAAAGGUUUUCUUUCCCAACGCUGCCCUACCCCUGCAAGUACGCCCACUCACAACCCCCCUGCCCAAAGCCAUUCGAACCAUGUGAAGCUGCCCGAUGUGAAGCUACCAGUAUUCACUGGCAACUAUGAAACAUGGCUCAACUUUCACGACCUGUUCGUGUCGCUCGUACACUCAUCAUUAGAGUUGUCGAGCAUACAGAAAUUUUAUUACCUUCGGUCAUCGCUUGCCGGAGAAGCAUUGAAGCUAAUCCAAACGAUACCGAUAAGCGCAACGAACUAUUCUGUCGCUUGGAAUCUCCUCGUCGAGCAUUUUCAAAACCCGAAGGUUCUAAAGCGCAAUUAUGUUCAGGCAUUGUUCGAUUUUCCGGUGAUUCGCAGAGAAUCACCAGCUGAGCUUCACUCAUUAGUGGAGAAAUUUGAAGCUAAUGUAAAGGUGCUCAAGCAGCUAGGAGAGAGCACUGAAUAUUGGGACAUCCUUUUGAUCCACUUUCUCUCAAGCCGUCUGGAUCCCGUCACUCGGCGUGAUUGGGAAGAACUUUCCGCCACCCAACAAAACGUUACCUUCAAGGACUUGACGGAUUUCAUCCAACGUCGGGUCAGUGUUCUGCAGCAGAUGUCCUCCAAACAACCCGAACCGCAACAAGCCUUUCAGCCUCGCAAGCCGCCAAAUUCUCGCAUUGGAAGCCACGGAGCCUUCCAGGAGAAUCGUCGAAGGUGUCUCUUCUGCCCGGAAGAACAUCCAAUAUACAUGUGCCAGAUCUUCAGUCGCAUGCCAGUAGAGGAGAAAGAAAAACUCGUCAAGCGACAUCAACUGUGUCGCAACUGCUUUCGAAAGGGUCACAUGUCUCGUGAUUGCCCAUCGGAAAAUUGUUGCAGGAGGUGUAACUCUCGUCACCACACACAACUGUGCACUACAACUACAUCCAAUCAAGGGAGAUCAACAAACGCUGCAGUCACAACAAGCGACGCCCGAAGUUCCAACCCAACCGCCUCUGGUGCCACCCCCACUGAUCCACCGACGUCUUCUUCAGCAUCGAGAGCGGCUUCAAUCACGAUGAAUGCUGCCCACUCAGGAGUGACCAGUUGUAACUCUCAACAAACAACGCGAUCCAAGGUACUUCUUGCCACCGCCGUGGUAAUAAUCGUUGACGAUGCUGGGAAGGAACAUUUCGCCCGCGCUCUCCUGGACUCGGGGAGCGAAUGCUGCUUCGCAACCUCUCAACUAUCGCAAAUGAUGAACGUCAAACGAACAAGAGUCGAUGUGCCGGUCGCAGGGAUCGGAAAGUCUGCAUUGAAGGUGAAGCACCAAUUCCGAGCCGUCAUCAAAUCUCGAAAUUCCGAUUACACAACUAGCGUCGAUCUGCUUAUCUUGCCCAAAGUCACCAUGGACCUUCCAUCGACGAACAUCGACGUAACCCGCUGGGACAUUCCCUCUAACAUCAACCUCGCUGAUCCUGCUUUCUUCCAAUCAAGCACGGUGGACAUCGUGUUGGGGGCAGAGAUUUUCUUUGACUUGUUCUCCGUCCCAGGGCGUAUUACACUUGGCGAAUCCCUUCCGUUGUUGGCCAACUCGGUCUUCGGAUGGGUAGUGUCUGGAAGAACUGCCCAAAAUCUGCCCCACUCUUCUGUCCGCUGUAAUGUCGCAACCGUUGCCGAUCUACAAACCUACAUGGAGAAGUUCUGGAAGAUAGAGGAGGACGCAUCAGCUACCAACUAUUCCCCGGACGAAACUGCUUGCGAAGAGUUUUUCCAACGUACGGUGACUCGUGAUGCUUCGGGUCGAUAUAUAGUGCGUCUUCCAUUCAAGGAGUCUAUGGUCCAACGAUUGGGAGACAACCAGAAAUCAGCUCUACACCGGUUUCGCUUGCUGGAGAAUCGCCUGUCUCGUGAUGCUUCGAUCGCUCAGCAGUAUCGGGAUUUCAUGGCCGAGUACCUUCGACUGGGCCACAUGACACCGCUCAGCACCUGUAAAGAAGAAAUUCAUCCAAAAUACUAUCUCCCACACCAUCCAGUAAUUCGAGAGAGCAGCACGACGACGAAACUGCGCGUUGUAUUCGAUGCGUCCAGUAAAACGAGCACGGGCAUCUCGCUUAACGAUGCUCUUCUUGUCGGUCCAAUCGUGCAAGACGAUUUGCGAUCGAUCGUAAUGCGAUCCCGCACCCAUGAACUCGUUCUAAUUGCGGACGCAGAGAAAAUGUACCGCCAAGUGCGACACUUCCCCGAAGAUUACGCAUACUUGUGCAUUUUCUGGCGGCUGGCUCCAGACCAGCCAAUACAGACGUUUGUUCUCCAAACCGUUACUUACGGGACAGCGUCGGCUCCCUACCUGGCCACCCGCGUGCUGAAACAGCUAGCGAGCGACGAAGCUGAGAACUACCCGAUCGCAUCGCAGGUAGUGAAAAACGACUUCUACGUCGACGAUCUAUUUACUGGAGCUGCAACAGUCACCGAAACAAUCGAGCUCAGAGAGCAGCUUGAUGGCAUGCUGUCAAGAGGACGAUUCACGAUGAGGAAAUGGGCAUCAAACUGUGAAGCCGUACUGGAAGGCAUUCCGCCAGAGAAUCGAGCUCUUCAGCACUCAAUCGACCUGGACCGAGACCAAACUAUCAAAACGCUCGGCUUACACUGGGAACCGGGCACGGAUCAUCUCAAAUACAAGAUCGAUAUACAACUACCACCUAAUACCAUUCUCACAAAACGUCUCACGCUAUCCUACAUCGCUCAACUUUUUGAUCCGUUGGGGCUAGUUGGACCAGUCGUCGUAACAGCCAAGGCCUUUAUGCAAACUCUCUGGACUCUCAGGGACGAAAACGGAAAGGUGUGGGAAUGGGAUCGGGAGUUACCAGCUAGUCUGAAAGAUCGAUGGUGUGCCUACCAUUCGGAUCUGCCCACGCUCAACGAAUUGAGGAUAAAUCGCUUCGUUCUUCAGCCCAACUCGCUUGAGAUUGAGCUCCAUGUGUUCUCGGAUGCCUCUGACAUCGGUUACGGUACCUGUGCCUAUCUGAGGUCCGUCGACAGACAAGGUCAAAUUAAAGUCGCUUUGCUUACUUCGAGAUCGAGAAUCGCACCACUGAAGCGCCAAAGCACUCCGCGACUUGAAUUGUGCGGUGCUCUACUUUCCGCCGAGCUGUAUCAACGAAUUGCCGCCUCUCUUCACUUCUCUUUCACUACGGUAUUUUGGACCGAUUCCACGACCGUCAUUAAUUGGCUAAAGGUAACGCCCUCAACGUGGACCACCUUUGUGGCCAACAGAGUGUCCAAGAUUCAACAUGCGACUCAAAAUUGUGGAUGGAACCAUAUAGCAGGACUCCAGAACCCCGCUGACGUCAUAUCCCGAGGUUGUCUGGCAUCCGAGCUCGUCCACAACAAGCUCUGGUGGGGUGGCCCAGAAUGGCUGCGGAAGGAAAAAGAAUACUGGCCUGUUCCUGGACAACAGUGCGGAUCAACUGAUGAUUGCAACAGCGAACGACGAAAAACUGCCGCAGUGUUCGCUUCUGCCACUACCACACCCUCGUUUAUCGACGAAUAUACAGGAAAAUUCUCCAAUUACUCCAAAAUGAUCCGCACAACAGCAUACUGGCGGCGUUUCUUUUCGAUUCUGCGAUCACCAAAAGAAGAUCGAACUUUCAGCUUCCUAACGAACGAUGAACUCAAAACUGCCGAACAUGCGCUCAUACGAUUGCUGCAACAACAGUGCUUUCCAGACGAGUGGAAGCGAUUGCAAAGUGGACAGCACGUCGCCAAAGGCUCUCGACUGAGAUGGUUUCAUCCAAUGCUCUCCUCCAACGACAACGUUAUUCGAAUCGGCGGUCGGCUAGGCCAAUCUACGCUACACGACGACUUCAAGCAUCCCAUUCUGUUACCUGGUGCUCACCGGCUAUCAACGUUGCUUCUCGCAUCGUAUCAUCUGCGACUGUUACACGCAGCUCCUCAGUUGUUGGUAAACAUGGUUCGCUUGAAAUACUGGCUCUUGGGUGGGCGAAGUGCGGCACGGCAGGUAGUACACAAAUGUGUCACUUGUGUACGGGCUCGACCGAAGCUGGUCGAACAAUUCAUGUCUGAGCUCCCAGCAGCUCGUGUAACGGCAGCAAGACCUUUUUCUCGUGUGGGCAUUGAUUUCUGGGGACCCAUACAGCUACAACCACGGCAUCGGCGUGACGCUCCAAUCAAGGCAUAUGUAGCCGUGUUUGUUUGUUUUGCGACCAAGGCAGUUCAUCUCGAACUGGUCGCCAACCUUACUACAGCCAAGUUCCUGCAAGCCUUUCGGCGUUUCGUGGCUCGUCGAGGCCUCUGCUCCGAUGUUUAUACCGACAAUGGCAAGAAUUUCGUGGGCGCAGCGAACGAGCUCAAACGACUUGUACGGAGUAGGGAGCACAAAGAUCAGGUAGCUCAGGAGUGCACGGAAAACGGCAUCCGUUGGCACUUCAACCCUCCCAAGGGAUCCCAUUUCGGUGGGCUUUGGGAGGCGGCAAUUAGAUCGGCCCAAAAACAUUUUGUGCGGGUCUUGGGAUCACGACUGGUAGCGUACGACGACAUGGAGACUCUAUUAGCUCAAAUUGAGUGUUGUCUCAAUUCCCGCCCUCUCACUCCCUUGAGCGAGGACCCUUCCGACCUCGACCCUUUGACCCCUGGUCAUUUUCUUGUGGGCUCGGCCUUAAAGGCAGUGCCGGACGUCAACGUUCUGUCGGUCCCGUAUAACCGAUUGACCCAGUGGCAGCAGAUUCAGAAGGCCUUUCAAGAUAUUUGGAACCGCUGGCACCUGGAGUACUUAGCCACUUUACAGCCGAGAGCCAAGUGGUGCAAUCCUCCAGUGAAAAUCGACCGGAAUCGCCUGGUCAUCAUCAAGAACGAAAAUCUGCCACCAUUGCAGUGGCCAACAGGAAGAAUCCACGAACUCCACCCGGGAAAAGACGGCAUAGUGCGGGUAGUCACGCUUCAAACCGCGAGAGGAUUUGUCACCCGACCGGUGGCAAAACUUUGCCUUCUACCUGUUCCUGUUUCAUCCGACUAA